AAAAGAAAAAAAAAGAAGAAGCUCUGCCUGUUCGAAGGGAGGACAAGCUACGUGUAAUUUGUGAUUGAAAAUGGCUGAUAGGAAAGCCAACAUCCCUAGCAGCAGCGCAAAUCUUCUGUUUUCAGGAGCCCCGGAGUUCAACUUUAGCCUGCCGUUCCUCCCUGUCAGUCAGGCCACCGGCCCGGCGGUUUUAUCAGGAGAUGAUGCCAGUGAAGUUGGAGAAGAAGACAGUUUUCUUGGCCAGACGUCAUCAGCAGCUCCUCAGGCCUCCACGUUCAAUUAUUUCUCAAGCGUCACCAACAGCAGCGACCCAUUUGCUUCUAUUGGGCAACAGCCGUGCCCGCCUCCAGCCGCCACGGUCGUUCCAUCAACAACUGGCCCGUCGCCUGUAUCCAUUGCUGCUAGUCUGCCUCUGAACCCGCCAGUAUCUCACAUGAACCCCAGUCAGCAGUAUGGCAGUGUUGCUAAUCAGACCCCUGUGGGUACAUACACUCCUCCGCCUAAUGUACCGACUCCUCCUCCUCCGCAGAGCUCCCAGCAGUCCUAUAAUCCAUACCGGCACACGGCUGCCAGUAGCAAAGCUAAUCCCUAUCUCAUGGCUCCUGAAUUACAGCAGCAGACCCCCAGCCAAACACCCCAGCAUCUAAACCCCUAUUCUCAGGCGAUACCUGCUCCCUCGUUCCAGACUCCACCCACAGUGUUUAACAAGGUUGCUCAUCCUCCCCCAACACAGAUUCCACCGCCCCCUGCAGCGACUAGCAUGGCUGGACCGUUAGUCCCUGCCAACUCAAUGAUGCCAUACACAUAUAAUGUUUAUGAACCUGUACAACAUCACUGGUUCUACUGUAAACAAGUGGAGUCAAAGAUGGUCUGGCUUCCCUUUAGUAUUCUGGAUUCCAUUCGCUUGGAAGAGACAUUCAACUCUGUUCAGCCAGAUCCAGAGAAUGUGAUUGUGUGUACGGAUGGAGGGCGCUAUGACGUGCAGCUGUACGACCGCACACGGACCUCUGUGUACUGGGAGGAAGAGCCCACCGAGGUCCGCCGCUGCUCCUGGUUCUACAAAGGAGAUGCAGACAGUCGCUUCAUCCCAUAUUCAGAAGAAUUCAGUGAGAAGCUGGAGGUCGAAUAUAAGAAAGCUGUUACCACUAAUCAGUGGCAUCGGCGACUGGAAUUCCCAUCUGGUGAGACCAUCGUAAUGCACAAUCCAAAGGUGAUUGUGCAGUUUCAGCCAUCUGCCAUGCCUGAUGAGUGGGGCACGACGCAGGACGGUCAGACCCGACCUCGUGUUGUCAAGAGGGGUGUGGAUGAUGAUCAAGAUGAAGUUCCUGAUGGCGAGAUGGCUCAGGUGGAUCAUCUGGUGUUUAUGGUGCAUGGCAUCGGCCCCGUCUGUGACCUGAGGUUUAGAAGCAUGGUGGAGUGUGUGGAUGACUUCCGCAGUGUGUCCUUGAAGUUGUUGCAGAGUCAUUUUAAGAAGGCUCGUGAUGAUCAUGUCAUUAGUCGUGUGGAGUUUCUGCCUGUGCAUUGGCACACGGCUCUACACGGUGACGCUACAGGGGUUGACAGGAGGAUAAAGAAGAUUACUCUGCCCAGCACAGGUCGUUUGCGGCACUUCACUAAUGAAACCCUUUUAGACGUGCUUUUCUACAACAGCCCAACCUACUGUCAGACCAUUAUGGACACCGUGGCUUUUGAGAUCAACCGCUUACACGCAUUAUUCAUGGCAAGAAACCCAGACUUCAAAGGCAGAGUGUCUGUGUCUGGACACAGCUUGGGCUCUUUGAUACUUUUUGACCUGCUGUCCAAUCAGAAGGUCUGCUCACCUUUAUCAGGUCCAGUAACCAAUGGAAAUGCUCCGCCUAAUGUGAAACAGGGAAGUCCCGUCAUCCAGGCCAAUGAAGUGGCUACUGUAGCAGCUGCUGAGGAAGAGGCCAAAGAGGAGGAAGAAGAAGAAGAGAUUGGCGACCUGUCCUCUGUUCUGGAGAUGCUGUGUUUGUCUGAGUAUCUGAGUGUUUUUGAAACUGAGAGGAUUGAUAUUGAGUCUCUGCUGUUAUGCACAAUAGAUGACCUAAAGGAAAUGGGUAUUCCUUUGGGGCCACGGAAAAAACUCGCCAACUUUGUCAAAGAGAAGUCUGCAAAACAGGCUGCACGAAAAGCUGUGAAAGAGAAAACUGUAGAAAAAGAGGAACCAAAAGAAACUAAACCUCCCGUCCAGACAGAGCCCACACCAGAUCCUUCCAUCAGCAAACUGCCAGUCGGAAGGAACAUGUCCUCAAUCCAUGUGGAUUACAACUAUUUCGAAAUAGGCACAGGACAGGUGUCGGUGGUAUAUCAUGCUCUAGACUUUGAACCAGUGAAUUUCUUUGCUCUCGGCUCUCCCAUCGGGAUGUUUCUGACAGUACGUGGGGUGGAGAAAAUUGAAGAGUCUUACCAGCUUCCCACCUGCAAAGGCUUCUUCAAUAUCUACCAUCCACUGGAUCCAGUUGCAUACAGGAUUGAACCAUUGAUCUUACCAGACAUUGAAAUGGAACCGGUUUUGAUCCCUCAUCAUAAAGGGAGGAAGAGACUUCAUCUCGAAUUAAAAGAGAGUUUAUCCAGGAUGGGCUCUGACUUGAAGCACGGCUUCAUCAGCUCUCUGAAGACUGCUUGGCAGACUCUGAACGAGUUUGCGCGUGCUCACACCUCUUCCACUCAACUGCACGAACAGCUCGCCAUGGUCGCAAGUCAGAUCAAAGCACAAGAGGAAAUGCAGGAAGAGGAGAGUAAGAUGGUUGAGAGUCCAGAGCCUCAGAAGGAAGAGGAGACGCAUGUACAAGUGGGUCUGCUGAAUGGAGGGAAUCGCAUUGACUACGUCCUGCAAGAGAAACCCAUCGAGAGCUUUAACGAAUAUCUGUUUGCACUCCAGAGUCAUCUGUGUUACUGGGAAUCUGAAGAUACAGCUCUGCUUCUUCUCAAGGAAAUUUAUAAGUCCAUGGAUGUACGGCCAGAUCAUCCAGUGCAUUAAUGUAAUGGGUCACUAAAAUUCCUUAUCCAUCAGAAAUCAUAUUGCUUUGAAGAUAAAUAAAUAUUUUAAACAGUUUUCAACUCUUUAACUGGACUAUCCCAGCAGUUUUUGUUAUUUUAUUCUCUUGUAGUCUGUUGUAUAAAAAUGAAUACACUUGUAUUAUUCCAUGUGUCUUAAAUUAAGAAAUGAAUAGUGGAUUUCAAUACCACUGCAACAGUUUCAAAUAUUAUUUUUCUAGCUUAUAGAGCUACAAAUGUUUGUGUGCAAUUGCAAAUGAAAUUAAAUGGUAUUAACAAACUUUAUCUAGAGUUAGAAUAUAAAUAUUGAUUAUGCUGUGUAAAAACUACAACCAAGAAUCAUAAUAAACUGAACUAUUAGUA